AUGUUGCGUCUACCACGUGUCGUUCGCCAAACUGUUUCAUUCCACAAAAGUCACCAACUCGCAAGAUUUUACGCCAAAGAUGUAAGGUUCGGCGCUGAUGUAAGAGCCCUCAUGUUGCAGGGUGUCGAUAUCCUUGCAGACGCCGUUGCAGUCACAAUGGGCCCUAAAGGUAGAAAUGUUAUUUUAGAACAGUCUUGGGGCUCACCAAAGAUUACAAAAGACGGUGUGACAGUUGCCAAAGGCGUCGAACUCAAAGACAAGUUCCAGAACAUCGGCGCUAAAUUAGUCCAAAAUGUAGCAAACAACACAAAUGAGGAGGCUGGAGACGGCACAACAACAGCCACAGUUCUCGCCAGAGCUAUUGCGAAGGAGGGCUUCGAAAAAAUCUCAAAGGGUGCCAACCCUAUUGAAAUAAGAAGAGGAGUCAUGCUAGCAGUAGACGCCGUCAAAGAUAAGUUGAAGGUUAUGUCAAAGCCCGUCACAACACCUGAGGAGAUCGCACAGGUGGCCACCAUUUCCGCCAAUGGUGACACCGCUAUUGGGCAGCUCAUUGCUGAUGCCAUGAAGAAGGUCGGUAGGGAUGGCGUCAUCACUGUGAAGGAUGGCAAGACCCUCGUUGACGAACUUGAAGUUAUUGAAGGUAUGAAGUUUGACAGAGGUUAUAUUUCACCAUAUUUCAUCAACUCGUCAAAGGGAGCCAAAGUCGAGUUCCAAGACGCUUUAGUUCUCUUCUCCGAGAAGAAGAUAAGCAAUGUCCAGACAAUCAUUCCUGCUCUAGAAUUAGCCAACCAGCAGAGAAAGCCCCUGGUCAUUGUAGCUGAGGAUGUUGAUGGUGAGGCUCUGUCCACAUUGGUUGUCAACAGGCUAAAGAUUGGUCUACAAGUGGCAGCUGUGAAGGCUCCAGGCUUUGGUGACAACCGCAAGGCUACACUUAGUGAUAUGGCUAUUGCCACAGGUGGUGUAGUGUUUGGAGAUGAUGCCAACCUUAUUAAGCUAGAAAAUCUCCAACCAUCAGACCUUGGCCAAGUGGGUGAGGUUGUUAUUACUAAAGAUGAUACCCUAUUCCUUAAAGGUAAGGGUAAAAAAUCUGACAUUGACAGAAGAGCUGAACAGAUCCGUGACCAAAUCCAAGAAACCACCUCGGAAUAUGAAAAAGAAAAAUUACAGGAGCGUCUGGCCCGACUUGCAUCUGGUGUUGCUGUACUGCAUGUUGGUGGCUCCAGUGAAGUUGAAGUGAAUGAGAAGAAAGACCGUGUCAAUGAUGCCUUGAAUGCCACCCGGGCUGCAGUUGAAGAAGGCAUUGUACCUGGAGGUGGUUCUGCUCUUCUCAGGUGUAUCCCAGAACUUGCCUCACUUAAGACAGCUAACAGCGACCAAGCUACAGGUGUUGAGAUCGUAAAGAAGGCCCUAAGGAUGCCCUGCAUGACGAUCGCGCGCAAUGCUGGCAUUGAUGGUUCUGUCGUUGUUGCUAAGGUUGAGGAUUUGGGACCUGAAUUUGGAUAUGAUGCCCUGAACAAUGAAUAUGUCAACAUGAUUGAGAAGGGUAUCAUUGACCCCACAAAGGUAGUAAGGACAGCGCUAACUGAUGCCAGUGGAGUUGCAUCUCUCCUCACCACCGCUGAAGCAGUGAUCUGUGAAAUUCCUCAAGAGAAGGAACCUAACCCCAUGGCAGGCAUGGGAGGUAUGGGUGGUAUGGGUGGCAUGGGAGGAAUGAUGUAA